UGAAAUUUGGAGCUUGAGAUAAAAAUAUAGGUAACUGUUGUUGAUAAAAUUUUCCUAAAAUCUCAUGAUUUUCAAUGAGAGAUAGAGUUCUUUUUAGUCAUUUUAAAAGUGUAAGCUGACUUUUUUUUCCCCUCAGCUCCCGAUAAAAACAGGACAACAGAACACACAUACCAAAGUCAGUACCGAACACAACAAGGAAUGUCUUAUCAAUAUUUCCAAAUAUAAGUUUUCUUUGGUUAUAAGCGGCCUCACCACUAUCUUAAAGAAUGUUAACAAUAUGAGAAUAUUUGGAGAAGCUGCUGAAAAAAAUUUAUAUCUCUCUCAGUUGAUUAUAUUGGAUACACUGGAAAAAUGUCUUGCUGGGCAACCAAAGGACACAAUGAGGUUAGAUGAAACAAUGCUGGUCAAACAGUUGCUGCCAGAAAUCUGCCAUUUUCUUCACACCUGUCGUGAAGGAAACCAACAUGCAGCUGAACUUCGGAAUUCUGCCUCUGGGGUUUUAUUUUCUCUCAGUUGUAACAACUUCAAUGCAGUCUUCAGUCGCAUUUCUACCAGGUUACAGGAAUUAACUGUUUGUUCAGAAGACAAUGUUGAUGUUCAUGAUAUAGAAUUGUUACAGUAUAUCAAUGUGGAUUGUGCAAAAUUAAAACGACUCCUGAAGGAAACAGCAUUUAAAUUUAAAGCCCUAAAGAAGGUUGCACAGUUAGCAGUUAUAAAUAGCCUGGAAAAAGCAUUUUGGAACUGGGUAGAAAAUUAUCCAGAUGAAUUUACAAAGCUAUACCAGAUUCCACAGACUGAUAUGGCUGAGUGUGCAGAAAAACUGUUUGACUUGGUAGAUGGUUUUGCUGAAAGCACCAAACGUAAAGCAGCAGUUUGGCCACUACAGAUCAUUCUCCUUAUCUUGUGUCCAGAAAUAAUCCAGGAUAUAUCCAAGGAUGUGGUUGAUGAAAACAACAUGAAUAAGAAGUUGUUUCUGGACAGUCUACGAAAAGCACUCGCUGGCCAUGGAGGAAGCAGGCAGCUGACUGAAAGUGCUGCCAUCGCCUGUGUCAAACUGUGUAAAGCGAGUACUUACAUCAAUUGGGAAGAUAAUUCUGUUAUUUUCCUACUAGUUCAGUCCAUGGUGGUUGAUCUUAAGAACCUGCUUUUUAAUCCAAGUAAACCAUUCUCAAGAGGCAGUCAGCCUGCAGAUGUGGAUCUCAUGAUUGACUGUCUAGUUUCUUGCUUUCGUAUAAGCCCUCACAACAACCAACACUUCAAGAUCUGUCUGGCUCAGAAUUCCCCUUCUACAUUUCACUAUGUGCUGGUAAAUUCACUCCAUCGAAUCAUCACCAAUAGCACUUUCAAGCAUGGACUUGGCACUGCUUCUGCACUGGAUUGGUGGCCUAAGAUUGAUGCUGUAUAUUGUCACUCAGUUGAACUUCGGAAUAUGUUUGGUGAAACACUUCAUAAAGCAGUCCAGGGUUGUGGAGCACACCCAGCGAUACGAAUGGCACCGAGUCUUACAUUUAAAGAAAAAGUGACAAGCCUUAAAUUUAAAGAAAAACCUACAGACCUAGAGACAAGAAGCUAUAAAUAUCUUCUCUUGUCCAUGGUGAAACUAAUUCAUGCAGAUCCGAAGCUCUUGCUUUGUAAUCCAAGAAAACAGGGGCCUGAAACCCAAGGCAGUACUGCAGAAUUAAUUACAGGGCUUGUGCAACUAGUCCCUCAGUCACAUAUGCCAGAGAUUGCUCAGGAAGCAAUGGAGGCUCUGCUGGUUCUUCAUCAGUUAGAUAGCAUUGAUUUGUGGAAUCCUGAUGCUCCUGUAGAAACAUUUUGGGAAAUUAGCUCACAAAUGCUUUUUUACAUCUGCAAGAAAUUAACUAGCCAUCAAAUGCUUAGUAGCACAGAAAUUCUGAAAUGGUUGCGGGAAAUCUUGAUCUGCAGGAAUAAAUUUCUUCUUAAAAAUAAGCAGGCAGAUAGAAGUUCCUGUCACUUUCUCUUCCUUUAUGGAGUAGGAUGUGAUGUUCCUUCAAGUGGAAAUACCAGUCAGAUGUCCAUGGAUCAUGAAGAGUUACUACGUACUUGUACUCCUGGAACCUCUCUCCGGAAAGGGAAAGGAAACUCAUCCAUGGAUAGUGCAGCAGGGUGCAGUGGAACCCCACCAAUAUGCCGACAAGCCCAGACCAAACUAGAGGUGGCCCUGUACAUGUUUCUGUGGAGCCCUGACACUGAAGCUGUUCUGGUUGCCAUGUCCUGUUUUCGUCACCUCUGUGAGGAAGCGGAUAUCCGGUGUGGGGUGGAUGAAGUAUCAGUGCACAACUUCUUGCCCAACUAUAACACAUUCAUGGAAUUUGCCUCUGUCAGCAAUAUGAUGUCAACAGGAAGAGCAGCACUUCAGAAAAGAGUGAUGGCACUACUACGGCGAAUUGAGCAUCCCACUGCGGGAAACACGGAGGCUUGGGAAGAUACACAUGCAAAGUGGGAACAAGCUACAAAACUAAUCCUCAACUACCCAAAAGCCAAAAUGGAAGAUGGCCAGGCUGCUGAAAGCCUUCACAAGACCAUUGUUAAGAGGCGAAUGUCUCAUGUGAGUGGAGGAGGAUCCAUAGAUUUGUCUGACACAGACUCCCUGCAAGAAUGGAUCAACAUGACUGGCUUCCUUUGUGCCCUUGGGGGAGUGUGCCUGCAGCAGAGAAGCAAUUCUGGCCUGGCAACCUAUAGCCCACCCAUGGGCCCAGUCAGUGAACGCAAGGGUUCCAUGAUUUCAGUGAUGUCCUCAGAGGGAAACGCAGAUACACCUGUCAGCAAAUUUAUGGAUCGGCUGCUAUCCUUAAUGGUCUGUAACCAUGAGAAAGUGGGACUUCAGAUACGGACUAAUGUUAAGGAUCUGGUGGGUCUAGAACUGAGUCCUGCUCUUUAUCCAAUGCUCUUCAAUAAGUUGAAGAAUACCAUCAGCAAGUUUUUUGACUCCCAAGGACAGGUUUUAUUGACUGACACCAAUACUCAAUUUGUGGAGCAAACCAUAGCUAUAAUGAAGAACUUACUAGAUAAUCAUACUGAAGGCAGCUCUGAACAUCUGGGGCAAGCUAGCAUUGAAACAAUGAUGUUAAAUCUGGUCAGGUAUGUUCGUGUGCUUGGGAAUAUGGUCCAUGCAAUUCAAAUAAAAACGAAACUGUGUCAGUUAGUUGAGGUAAUGAUGGCAAGGAGAGACGACCUCUCAUUUUGUCAAGAGAUGAAAUUUAGGAAUAAGAUGGUAGAAUACCUGACAGACUGGGUUAUGGGAACAUCAAACCAAGCGGCAGAUGACGAUGUGAAAUGUCUUACGAGAGAUUUGGACCAGGCAAGCAUGGAAGCAGUAGUUUCACUCCUGGCUGGUCUUCCGCUGCAGCCUGAGGAAGGAGAUGGUGUGGAACUGAUGGAAGCCAAAUCACAGUUAUUUCUUAAGUAUUUCACAUUGUUUAUGAACCUUUUGAAUGACUGUAGUGAAGUUGAAGAUGAAAACGCACAAACAGGUGGCAGGAAACGUGGCAUGUCUCGGAGGCUGGCAUCACUGAGGCACUGUACAGUCCUGGCAAUGUCAAACUUGCUCAAUGCUAACGUGGACAGUGGCCUCAUGCACUCCAUAGGUUUAGGUUAUCACAAAGAUCUGCAGACAAGAGCUACGUUUAUGGAAGUGCUGACAAAAAUCCUCCAACAAGGCACAGAAUUUGACACACUUGCAGAGACGGUGUUGGCAGAUCGUUUUGAGAGACUGGUGGAGUUGGUCACGAUGAUGGGUGAUCAGGGAGAGCUCCCUAUAGCUAUGGCUCUAGCCAAUGUGGUCCCUUGUUCUCAGUGGGAUGAACUAGCUCGAGUUCUAGUGACUCUGUUUGACUCUCGGCAUUUACUCUACCAACUGCUCUGGAACAUGUUUUCUAAGGAAGUAGAAUUGGCAGACUCUAUGCAGACUCUUUUCCGAGGCAACAGCUUAGCCAGUAAAAUAAUGACCUUCUGUUUCAAGGUAUAUGGUGCUACCUACCUACAAAAACUCCUGGAUCCUUUAUUACGCAUUGUGAUCACAUCUUCUGAUUGGCAACAUGUUAGCUUUGAAGUGGAUCCUACCAGGUUGGAACAGUCAGAGAGCCUUGAGGAAAACCAGCGAAACCUCCUUCAGAUGACUGAAAAGUUCUUCCAUGCCAUCAUCAGUUCCUCCUCCGAAUUCCCCCCUCAGCUACGAAGCGUUUGCCACUGUUUGUACCAGGCAACUUGCCACUCCCUACUGAAUAAAGCUACAGUAAAAGAAAAAAAGGAAAACAAAAAAUCAGUGGUUAGCCAGCGUUUCCCUCAGAACAGCAUCGGUGCAGUAGGAAGUGCCAUGUUCCUCAGAUUUAUCAAUCCUGCCAUUGUCUCACCAUAUGAAGCAGGGAUUUUAGAUAAAAAGCCACCACCUAGAAUCGAAAGGGGCUUGAAGUUAAUGUCAAAGAUACUUCAGAGUAUUGCCAAUCAUGUUCUUUUCACAAAAGAAGAGCAUAUGCGGCCUUUUAAUGAUUUUGUGAAAAGCAACUUUGAUGCAGCACGAAGGUUUUUUCUUGAUAUAGCAUCUGAUUGCCCUACAAGUGAUGCAGUAAAUCACAGUCUUUCCUUCAUCAGUGAUGGCAAUGUGCUUGCUUUACAUCGUCUACUCUGGAACAAUCAGGAGAAAAUUGGCCAGUAUCUUUCCAGCAACAGGGAUCACAAAGCUGUUGGAAGACGACCUUUUGAUAAGAUGGCAACACUUCUCGCAUACCUGGGUCCUCCAGAGCACAAACCUGUGGCAGAUACACACUGGUCCAGCCUUAACCUUACCAGUUCAAAGUUUGAGGAAUUUAUGACUAGGCAUCAAGUACAUGAAAAAGAAGAAUUCAAGGCUUUGAAAACAUUAAGUAUUUUCUACCAAGCUGGGACUUCCAAAGCUGGGAAUCCUAUAUUUUAUUAUGUUGCACGGAGGUUCAAAACUGGUCAAAUCAAUGGUGAUUUGCUGAUAUACCAUGUCUUGCUGACUUUAAAGCCAUAUUAUGCAAAGCCAUAUGAAAUUGUAGUGGACCUUACCCAUACUGGGCCUAGCAAUCGCUUUAAAACAGACUUUCUCUCCAAGUGGUUUGUUGUUUUUCCUGGCUUUGCUUACGACAAUGUCUGUGCAGUUUAUAUCUAUAACUGUAACUCCUGGGUCAGGGAGUAUACCAAGUACCAUGAGCGGCUGCUGACUGGCCUCAAAGGCAGCAAAAGGCUCAUUUUCAUAGACUGUCCUGGGAAACUGGCUGAGCACAUUGAGCAUGAACAACAGAAACUACCUGCUGCCACGUUGGCUUUAGAAGAGGAUCUGAAGGUAUUCCACAAUGCUCUCAAGCUAGCUCACAAAGACACCAAAGUUUCUAUUAAAGUUGGUUCUACCGCUGUUCAAGUAACCUCAGCUGAGCGAACAAAAGUCCUGGGGCAAUCAGUCUUUCUAAAUGAUAUCUAUUAUGCUUCGGAAAUUGAAGAGAUCUGCCUAGUGGAUGAGAACCAGUUCACCUUAACUAUUGCAAACCAGGGCACACCACUCACCUUCAUGCACCAGGAGUGCGAAGCCAUUGUUCAGUCUAUCAUUCACAUCCGGACACGCUGGGAGCUGUCACAACCUGACUCCAUCCCCCAGCAUACCAAGAUUCGGCCAAAAGAUGUCCCUGGGACCCUACUCAAUAUUGCAUUACUUAAUUUAGGCAGUUCAGACCCUAGUUUGCGGUCAGCUGCCUAUAAUCUUCUGUGUGCCUUAACUUGUACCUUUAAUUUAAAAAUCGAGGGCCAGUUACUAGAGACAUCAGGUUUAUGUAUCCCUGCCAACAACACCCUCUUUAUUGUCUCUAUUAGUAAGACGCUGGCAGCCAAUGAGCCACACCUCACCUUAGAAUUUUUGGAAGAGUGUAUUUCUGGGUUUAGCAAAUCCAGUAUUGAAUUGAAACAUCUUUGUUUGGAAUACAUGACUCCAUGGCUGUCGAAUCUAGUACGCUUUUGUAAGCACAAUGAUGAUGCCAAACGACAAAGGGUUACCGCGAUUCUUGAUAAACUGAUAACAAUGACCAUAAACGAGAAACAGAUGUAUCCAUCUAUUCAAGCAAAAAUAUGGGGGAGCCUUGGGCAGAUUACAGACCUCCUUGAUGUUGUACUGGACAGUUUCAUCAAAACUAGUGCAACAGGUGGCUUGGGAUCCAUAAAAGCUGAGGUGAUGGCAGAUACUGCUGUAGCUUUGGCUUCUGGAAAUGUGAAACUGGUUUCAAGCAAGGUUAUUGGAAGGAUGUGCAAAAUAAUUGACAAGACGUGCUUAUCUCCAACGCCGACUUUAGAACAGCAUCUUAUGUGGGACGAUAUCGCCAUUCUAGCACGCUACAUGCUCAUGCUGUCCUUCAACAACUCCCUUGAUGUAGCAGCUCACCUCCCCUACCUCUUCCAUGUUGUUACUUUCUUAGUAGCCACAGGGCCACUCUCCCUUAGAGCUUCCACGCAUGGAUUGGUCAUUAAUAUCAUUCACUCUCUGUGUACUUGUUCACAGCUUCAUUUUAGUGAAGAAACCAAGCAAGUUUUGAGACUCAGUCUGACAGAGUUCUCAUUACCCAAAUUUUACCUGCUGUUUGGCAUUAGCAAAGUCAAGUCAGCUGCUGUCAUUGCCUUUCGCUCCAGUUACCGGGACAGGUCAUUCUCUCCUGGCUCCUAUGAGAGGGAGACUUUUGCUUUGACAUCCUUGGAAACAGUCACUGAAGCUUUGCUGGAGAUCAUGGAGGCAUGUAUGAGAGAUAUUCCAACAUGCAAGUGGCUGGACCAGUGGACAGAACUAGCUCAAAGAUUUGCAUUCCAGUAUAAUCCAUCCCUGCAACCAAGAGCUCUAGUUGUCUUUGGCUGUAUUAGCAAACGAGUGUCUCAUGGGCAGAUAAAGCAGAUUAUCCGAAUUCUUAGCAAGGCGCUUGAGAGUUGCUUAAAAGGACCUGAUACUUACAACAGUCAAGUUCUGAUAGAAGCUACAGUAAUAGCACUAACCAAAUUACAACCACUUCUUAAUAAGGACUCCCCUCUGCACAAAGCCCUCUUUUGGGUAGCUGUGGCCGUGCUGCAGCUCGAUGAGGUCAACUUGUAUUCAGCAGGCACCGCACUUCUGGAACAAAACCUGCACACCUUGGACAGUCUCCGGAUAUUCAAUGACAAGAGUCCAGAGGAAGUAUUUAUGGCAAUCCGGAAUCCUCUAGAAUGGCACUGCAAGCAAAUGGAUCAUUUUGUUGGACUCAAUUUCAACUCUAACUUUAACUUCGCACUGGUUGGACACCUCUUAAAAGGAUACAGGCAUCCUUCACCUGCGAUUGUUGCAAGAACAGUCAGAAUUUUGCAUACACUACUAACUCUGGUUAAUAAACAUAGAAAUUGUGACAAAUUUGAGGUGAAUACACAGAGCGUGGCUUACUUGGCAGCUUUACUCACAGUGUCUGAGGAGGUUCGAAGUCGCUGUAGCCUAAAACAUAGAAAGUCUCUUCUUCUUACUGAUAUUUCAAUGGAAAAUGUUUCUAUGGAUACAUAUCCCAUUCACCAUGGCGACCCUAGCUAUAGGACACUAAAGGAGAAUCAGCCAUGGUCCUCUCCCAAAGGUUCUGAAGGGUACCUUGCCGCCGCCUAUCCAACUGCAGGCCAGACCAGUCCCCGAGCCCGGAAAUCCAUGAGCUUGGACAUGGGGCAGCCUUCUCAAGCCAACACGAAGAAGUUGCUUGGAACAAGGAAAAGUUUUGAUCACUUGAUAUCAGACACAAAGGCUCCUAAAAGGCAAGAAAUGGAAUCAGGGAUCACAACACCCCCCAAAAUGAGGAGAGUAGCAGAAACUGAUUAUGAAAUGGAAACUCAAAGGAUUUCCUCAUCACAACAACACCCACAUUUACGUAAAGUUUCAGUGUCUGAAUCAAAUGUUCUCUUAGACGAAGAAGUACUUACUGAUCCAAAAAUCCAAGCACUUCUUCUUACUGUUCUGGCUACUCUGGUGAAAUAUACCACAGAUGAGUUUGAUCAGCGAAUUCUUUAUGAAUACUUAGCAGAAGCCAGUGUUGUUUUCCCAAAAGUUUUUCCUGUUGUGCACAAUUUGUUGGACUCUAAGAUCAACACCCUCUUGUCAUUGUGCCAAGAUCCGAAUUUGUUAAAUCCGAUCCAUGGAAUUGUGCAGAGUGUGGUGUACCAUGAAGAAUCCCCACCACAAUACCAGACGUCUUACCUGCAAAGUUUUGGUUUUAAUGGCCUGUGGCGAUUUGCAGGACCCUUUUCAAAGCAAACACAAAUCCCUGACUAUGCUGAGCUUAUUGUUAAGUUUCUUGAUGCCUUGAUUGACACGUAUUUGCCUGGAAUUGAUGAAGAAACCAGUGAGGAGUCCCUCCUGACACCCACAUCUCCUUAUCCUCCUGCAGUGCAGAGCCAGCUUAGUAUUACUGCUAACCUUAACCUUUCUAAUUCCAUGACCUCACUUGCAACUUCCCAGCAUUCCCCAGAAUAUACUCGGUGUAUAAACACCAGUAAGGAUAUGUGGCUAGAAGCUGACCUCUGCUGGAAGUUUCUGGAAUCGACAAGGAGAACGUUGAACUCUCCCCCACCACUGGCCACUGUAACAGUGGACGAACUCGCCAUGGAUCCGCAAGCCAGGUGCAGAAGCAAAGAAGCGCUGGCAGUUUCAAACGUAAUAGCAUUAAGAAGAUCGUGUGAAGCUUUCUUUCUUUCCUUUUUCAAACAGACUUAACUUACACGGGCUCCUCACUAGUGACCCCUCACCACCGUGCUGUGAUGCCGCACUCCAUGCUUUAUAACCAGCCCGUCCAGUCUGCCGUGUCGCCAGAUGCUCAGCUCUUGGAAGCAUUGCCUAAAUUUAAUGCUGCUUUUUUUCUUUAACUUUUUUUUCCUUCUACUUUUGGUGUGUCUGAUGUAAGCAAGUGUUCAGAACAACUGCAGAGAAAGUGGGAGGUCAGGACACUUGAACUGAGAACAUCCCAAUUGUGAGAGAGGAUGAAUUCUUGAAUACUGCUACUACUGCAGUGCCAGCUAUGAAAGCCAUUUGCACAGAGCUCUGCCUUCUAUGUUUUCCCCUUCUUCAUCAUACAAAGUAAAGUGUUAGUCUUAUUUACACACUUUUCAAGAUAGAAGUCUAUGGGAGAAAUAAUAUUAUAACCCCAGUAUGUUUAAUCUGACUUUUAGCUGUGGACUUUUUUUUUAACCUUAACAAAACUGAAGGAACCACAGAGGUCAAGCCUCAGUGACUUCACACCAUAAAGCCACAGGCAAGGUACUUUGAGGGCGGGGGUGGGGGGGUUGGAGGUAUUUAGUAUUUUGUAGUGGGUUCUUAAGAAAUACUAACACUUGAGUAUUAGCAAUAAUUACAGGAAAAUAAAUGUAACCACAUAUAUCUUAACAUUACCGAAUUAAAAGCGAUGAGUUCUGAGGCCUUAUCCAAACUCAGUCAUCCAAACUAGUUUAUAUUUUUCUCCAGUUGAUUAUCUUAUAAUCUUUAAAUAUGCUAAAAUUUGUUUUUUGUUUUUGUAAGCCAAAACUAUACUAAGUAUAGUAAUUAUACAUUUUCCCCCUCCUCCUCUUCUUUCCUAAAUAAUUCUGAUCAGGGUAAUCAGUGAACAAAGUGUUGAAAAUUGUUCCUCGAAGGUAGUUUUCGUAGAUGGUUGCAUUAGCUCCAUAGCAAAAUGGAAUGGUACGUGACUAUUAGAAUAGCUGAUGCUUUUAUUUUGUUUAAUGAUUUUCCCAGAGAGUAUGGUGUAUAUUAUCAAAAUUUUUCAAUAAGAUAUAUUUUAAAUGUCUUGUAAUCUUUCCCCUCCCCUCCAAAAAAAAUCAGGAAUUUCUUUAGCAAAACAUUUGAAUUCUAUAUGAUAGAAUUGCAUUUAAUCACUGUGAAAUGACUGGUCAGCCUGCAUUAGUGUGACAAUAGGGGGACCUUAAGAGUUGCUGCUAUACUGAAUGGUAUGGAUUAUCUUGGCAUUGGAAUUUCCAUAGUAAUGCAGAUCGAAUUUCUUUGUGGUACCUGCAGUGUGCAAAAUAAUUUGACUUCAGCGAAUAUAUUAGUAUCUGGAUGUUCCAAUUUAGGACUAAACCAUAUUUAUUACAAGAAGAUAUUAUCCUCCUAUCCCCAGGUUGCCUUUCUAUGUUAAGAUGUAAUGGCUUUGGGAGGGGAGAAGAAACCUAGGGGAGGGGGGUUUCCUGUAGUGCUAUCUCAUGAGUGGAUUGCAGUAAAUUAAGUUCCACAGCUAAAUCAAUAAAUAAUGGUACAUUUAAGUGUUCUGAUUUUAAUAAUAUAACACAUUUCACAUUUAUCCAACACAAUAACAAUGUAAUAUGUUAAUGUAAAUAAAAUUGCUUUUGAUAUUCAGAAAUAACAGGAAUUUAAUUCUUUUAAUUUGUUUACAGUCCUGGGAAAAGAACCAUUUGCCAAAAUAAAAAGAAAAAAACCUUAGUAUUAAUAGUUAUUUUGACAUUAAAUUGUUGGAAAAUAUUGAAGACAGGUGCAAAUAACUAAACUUUUGUUUUUAACUUUUGUAGAGGCUGCAUUAGAAUUGAAUGUUUAUAAUAUCAGAGCAACUGAGACGAUAAGGAAGCUAAGACUAGAGCUUAGUUUAGAAACAGAUCAUUAACAGCCCCAGUGCCAAGGAUGCCAAGCUGCCGGUAAGGUCCCAGUUCCCCCACAACCCAGUGUUUCUGGAGUGGGUAUCACAACUUCCUGGCUCCAGGAGUAAAAGACAGAUGUGAGCCUUUAAUCAUUUUGGUUCCAUGUUUUCCUCUCUUUGGUUGGUUUGGUGCAAUGACAGUGGGUAGUUUUAUGCUAUUUUGCUUUUUCCAUCAUAACAGAGGAACUUCGAAAAUUUACUAUUAGAAAAUACUGAUCUUUCCAUAAAUGAGGCUUCCGAGGUAUGCUAUUUCUUAAAUUUAGUCAUUAUUUCCCUUUAGUGUAAUGAAUGGCGUAAAUUCACUUGAAGUACCUCAUGAAAUGAUCUGCAUUGCACAAGUCAAAAUUGAGCCUUCUUUGGCGGAAAUACUUUUGAUCAGUACAUCCUGAGAAUUUGAAAACUUACUAAGGUUUAAAUUUUACCUUGUUUGAAGAAUUUCCAACUCUUGAGGAAAAUCUAGCUUUCCAGUAACUAAAAUGAACAUGAGAUAAAUCUCUCACGAACAUGCUUUCCCUGAGAAGUGAAACUCUCUUUAGGCCUCAUACCUGUAACCGACACAAGACACUCUAGAGUCCAGAGCAGGUUGUCCAUUUUGCAUAAUCUGAUAUAAGUUGUGUAAAGUCAUUUGUUUUAGGUUUGUGGAUAUUUCCCCUGACUUUUUAAAAAGGAAAACAUGAAUUCAUCACGUUAUUUUGCAUGCCUGAUCUCCCUGUUUUAUCACCGCCCUGUCCCAGGGGUACGCCCUUGUUUGCCAGCACUGAGAUGCAGUUCUCUGGCUUUGGGAGAAGUGGCGAGUGCUCUGUCCUUCAUCCACUCAGCACCUGUUCAUUACUGAAUGCCGCCCCGCGCAGGUCCUGAGGACGCCACAGAGAACAGUCAGCUUCCACCCCCAAGAAUGGCUGUCCUGGGGGAGACAAUGUAAGCCGUCAGCCCUCCCUGCUUAGUGGGUUUUAGGGUUUGUUUGUUUUUUGGUUUUGUUUUUACAUCCCACCCCCCAACCCAGGCAUAAUGAGGCAUGUCUUACUCACUGUUAUGCAAUGGACUUAUACAAAAAUUCACUAUUAGUGUCAGCCACACAAUUUUUUUUAAUGCAGUAUAUUCACCUGUAAAUAGUUUGUGUAAAAUUUGACAGAAAAGUAUAUUUACUACACUGUAAAUACAUGUGAUGAUAUAUUGUAUUAUUUUGCUUUUUUGUAAAGCAGUUAGUUGCUGUACAUGGAUAACAAACAAAAAUUUGACUAUUCUCAUGUUAGUAUUGUUAACUUCCUGCGACUGCGUUACAUCCUUUAAAGAAAAUGCUGUGUAUUGUAAACUUACAUUGUAUAUGAUAACUUCCUCUCUUUUCCAUUUGGGCCCAAACUUUGGCAGUUCCCUUGUCUACAGCCUUGUUAAUAUUGUAAGCAGUUGUACGCCAGCAGGAGGAAUACUGCCCUACAGACAAAAUCCACCAUUGUAGGGGAGAAUUGUAGAAAUCCAUUUCAGAUCAUUGUUGUUCCCAUCCCAUUUUUUCCUCCCUGUGUAUGUAUUCCUCCCCCUUUUUUAAGUAAACUGUAAAUUCAAUCGGC